AUGCCACCACAUCAUUUACAAUUAAAGGUUGGAUCUCCGAUUAUUCUGCUUCGUAACUUGAACCCACCACAGCUAUGUAAUGGCACACGAUUAGUCAUUAAAAAAUUAAUGAAAAACGUUAUUGAAGCCAUCAUCUUGAAUGGCAAGUUUCAAGGCGAGAAUGUGUUGCUGCCACGAAUCCCUAUGAUUCCCACAGAUGUGCCAAUUAAAUUCAAAUGCACUCAAUUCCCAAUUAGAUUGGCAUACGCUAUGACGAUCAAUAAGUCACAAGGACAAACAUUGUCUGUAUGUGGCUUAGAUUUGGAAACACCGUGCUUUUCUCACGGACAACUAUAUGUAGCAUGUUCUCGCGUGGGAAAACCAUCCAGUUUGUUUGUGUUGGCUAAAGACGGACUAACCAAGAAUAUUGUACACUCUAUUGCGCUGAGAGAUUAA